AUGAUGUCAUAUACCGUUCUGCUCAUCUUAUUGCUGAUGUCGCUGCUGAUAUCUAACGAAGCUGCACCGCAGUAUGGACACAUGAUGGGUGGUCCGAUGGGCGGCUAUGGAAUGGGAGGUUCGAUGAUGGGUGGCCGAAUGGGAGGCUAUGGUAUGAGAGGUCCGAUGAUGGGAGGCUAUGGAAUGAGAGGCCCCAUGAUGGGAGGCUAUGGUGGAAUGAGAGGUCCGAUGAUGGGCGGUAUGGGUUAUGGACAUGGCAUGAGACCGUUCUAG